GUAUGAACUCUGCUCGGGCUCGAAGUCGAAAGUAGUCAGUAGUUGUAGUCCACGAGCGCUGGAGAAAGUCAGUGGGGGUCCCACCUGCGUGCCUACAGUUCUCUAUUGUCUUGUGGACACCCCUAAAUGAAAAAUAAAAUGUCACCUUCGGUGUCCCCUCACUUUAUUUCCGAAAAGGAGGUAGCCACACAUUGCACCAAGGAAUCGUGCUGGGUGUUGUUAGGGACGCGCGUCUACGAUGUGACGGGCUUCCUUCGGAUGCACCCGGGCGGAGAGGCGCUCAUCCUCCGCCGCUCUGGCAGGGACAUCAGCGGCGAGAUCGAAGGACCCCCACACCGGCACUCGGAGAACGCUCGGCGGUGGAUGGAGCAGUACUACAUCGGUGAACUCGACAGAGACAGCACAGAUGAAGAUACGGAGACUCUGAGACAGAGGAAGAAGAUCCCAGACAGCACCACAGAAGAAGAAACCUCAGCCAUCAAUAAGUGCAGCAAAGUUGAUGAAGAAACGGAUCUGGUAGACUGGCGGAAGCCACUGGCCUGGCAGGUCGGAUAUCUUGGAGAGAAAUAUGACACAUGGGUCCAUCAGCCUGUGGACAGACCGAUCAGGCUGUUUGAGAAUGACUUUUUUGAGGCCAACACAAAGACUUCAUGGUACAUGGUGCCAAUUGUAUGGAUGCCUUUGGUGAUCUUUCUGAGCUGGUACUGCUACACGUUAUUGGCACAAGAGAGGACAAGACUUUUUAUUUCAUCAGACUACUCCAUUCUGGUCCACAAGUACAGCUUUCCGUUCAUCUUCAUGCUUGGCAUGUUCCUGUGGUCGUUCGUCGAGUACUGCAUCCAUCGCUUUGUCUUCCACAUGCGCCCGCCUGCCCACAAUUAUUACCUCAUCACGCUGCACUUCCUGUUGCAUGGUCAGCACCACAAGUCUCCGUUUGAUGGCUCUCGUCUGGUGUUUCCUCCGAGUCUGGCCGCCAUUGUCAUGGGCGCUUUUUACCUGAUACUCAGGCAGACGUUGUCUGAGGGUCUGGGAACCUCCCUGUUCGUGGGGGGUCUGUGUGGAUAUGUGGUCUAUGACAUGAUCCACUACUAUCUGCACUACGGCUCGCCACGGAAGGACUCCUACUUGUACGGGCUGAAAGCGUACCACGUCAAACACCACUUUGAACACCAAAGGGCAGGUUUUGGCAUCACCACCACAUUCUGGGACCACCCCUUCAACACAGUCAUCCCCGAGCAGACGUUUUAGAAGAGCUGUUUUUUUUUUGCCACAAUGACCAAAUCAAAAUCCCCCAAACAAACUCCCAUAAAUCUCUCCCUUUAUCACUGUGAUAGGUACAGUGUCUUACCCUGCUGCUGCUACCAGCUAUUAGUCUUAGCUUCACCACCAUCAUCAUCAUCAUGUCAUAAAUUAUUUAGAGAAGGGGGAGUGCCUAAAACAAACAAACAGAAUCACAGAAUGUCAAGCUAUAUAAAUAUUUAUAUACUAUGUAUGAAUGUACUGACGAAUCAAAAUGUUGGAUGAAAUCUGUAAAUGUCUUUUAUUAGAGGCACAAGAAUAUCAAAAUCACAGUUUUUGUCCAUCCAUGUAAAGUCAAGAGAUGUAUAGACAGGGACCGGUAAGUGUAGGACGGUGCGUGAAGGUGCGAGUGGAAAUGAUUUCUUAGUCGUAGUGUUAAGAAGCUGAAGGCUAGCAGAAGGAGGUCCUUUCGGUGGCCAAGUGCGUCAUUGCCUUUAAGGAAAACUCAGGAAAGUCUCAGAUGCUUUAAUUCUUCUCAGUGUUGAUGCUGCAACCGCUUACGGAUCAUCGCUUUCUCCCCACCUGUCAAUCAUAACUUUGCUCCGCCCUAAUUGUGACAUUCUGCUCUGGUGAUCUCGCUUUUCUUUCUCAUCUCACCCACUUCGAGGUGUUUUUUUGCCAAGCGACUUACUAAUAUCCUGAUCUGGAGGACGUCACAAGUAGCUGCUCCUCGAGUAAUAUGUUACAUAUCCAGUGAGAUAUUAAGUUAUUGAGGAUUGAAGUUGGCUUUUGGUUCUCCUGUGGACGAUUCUGCACUUUGAGCUCAUGGUGAGGGCGUGAAGCGGGGUGCAUGGGCCUCUCCUGCCGGUGAGGGUUGCCAGCCGUCCGUAGCUGUCAUAGGGUGGAGGGUCUGUAGAAAUCCUCUGUCGUCGUUAUUAACGUAGAUCUAGCCGGCGCAACCCUUCCAUCUGGUGUGACGAUCUGCUGCAUCUGACCAGGCGUCAGGAGAGCGAGAACAUCCUCGGCUGAUCUCUCAUCCGUUCAUACGGCAGAUCCGUUCACUUGUAUUGUUUCCUGCUCAUUUUAGACCUUGCCUUUGUCUUGAGUCAAUGGUUCAAUGAUGUUGGAAUUCUGGGAAAUAUCCUAGAAAAGCUGUGACCACAUGUAACUCUGCUUUAUACAGUCAUUUUGAGCAUAAUUAAUGUUUCAGAUGAAUAAAUAUAUAUGUGAUAUUUAAGUAAAAAUGAUCCUGAUGUGCCUUAGGGGCAUUGCCUGCCUUCCUGCUCCUUCUGAACCAAUUGGUUGGACGUUUCAGCCAAAGACAUGGAAGGACAUUUGAAUAGAGCUUUUCUUCAUACCAUGAUUCUGUUGGCACAACGAAACUAAUAAAAUGCAAUGGACGUUGUAAUGAUCUUUGAUUAUUUUGUAACUGUGACACCAUCCUGGACAGAUCCUAUGUCAUAGGAGAACGCUUUCAGUUGAGGCAAGUCAACAGAGCAAUAUAUCUGUUUACUUGAAAUCACAUUGAGAGCUUUUAAUUCAGAUACAAUUUUCAGCUAUAGAUGCCUCUAAUAAAUCUGUUUACUACUAUGUAUUUUUAUUUUGGAAUUUAAAAUUUCUAUGCAAAUGCAAUUGUAUUUGUAAAUAAACUGUAUAUUUCUGAGGACA